AUGGAGAACUUACACAAUAAAUGCAUCUGCCUUAUAAAGGAUAACAGUACUCACCAUCACCAGGUAUAUAAAAUGUCAAACAUCAACCUAUACAGAAGUAUUUUACUGCUAGCUCUAUGUUACCUGCAAAUUAUGUAUCAGGCUGAAGGUGUACAUCCACCAAAAGAAUAUGACUGUUCAGAGAUCUGGAAAAAAGACAAAACUGCAGUGAGUGGAAUCUACACAAUACAACCAAAAGGUGCUAACGUUACUUUUCAGGUGUCCUGUGAAAUGUCAGCGGCCGGUGGUUGGACCCUUAUGCAGAACCACAAUGGAGAGGAUGGGUUGUCUUUCAACCAAGUGUGGGCUGACUUUGAAAAUGGAUUUGGAAGACUUGAUGGUGAACACUGGCUGGGGCUCAAAUACAUUUUUCUCUUGACAAGUCAACAUUCUAAACCUAGCAAGCUGCGAAUCAGCAUUGGGGACUUUGCAGGCAACAUAGCUUAUGCCCAGUACACUGCCUUCAGCGUUGGGAAUGCAGGACUCUUCUACAAGCUCUCAUUAGGAAAAUACUCGGGCACAGCAGGAGAUGCCUUCCAUGGGGAUAUCGGCAAUACUGCAACCAAUCAGGACGGCAGCUAUUUCAGCACUCAGGACCAACCCAAUGACAACUGUACCCCAAUGUGCUCCAGUGGUGACAUCUUGUAUCCGAGCUGCAGUUACUAUCAGCAAGCUGGAUGGUGGUUUAAUGCCUGUGGGUUAGCAAACCUGAAUGGGGAUUGGCACAGUUCAGAUGAUAUUUAUAACUGGAUAUCUUCAGUGUCGUGGCCAACAUGGAGGGCCAACCAGUCCCUGAAAUUCAGCAAGAUGUAUGUGAUUUUCGAUUAGCAGGAAAAAGU